AUGGAUCGAGGAUAUUUAAACGGGGUAAUAUUCCUUGAUUUAAAGAAAGCUUUUGACUGCGUAGACCAUGAAAUUUUGUUAAAAAAGUUAAUUCUUUACGGAUGCAAUGGACUGACAUUAGAUUGGUUUCGAUCUUAUCUUACAAAUUGUACUCAAAUGUGUAAAAUUGCUCAAAGAGUGUCCUCCCCGGUUGUUAUUACUUGUGGAGUUCCUCAGGGGUCUAACUUGCACCCAUUACUUUUUCUUAUUUAUGUACAUGACCUUCCUAACUGUCUAUCUUUCUCGAAUGCAAGUCUGUUUGCCGAUGAUACAAAUUUAACAACUAGCGGUAUAUCUGCCGAAGUUGUUCAAAGUCAAUUGAAUGAGGAUCUAAAAAAAGUUCACGGGUGGUUACUUGCCAAUAAAUUAACUCUAAAUAUCGAAAAAACUGAAUAUAUGUUGAUAGACCCUAGACAACGUUUAAAUGAUAUCCAAACUCCUACAAUUAGAUUAGGCGAUACAGAAGUUAACAGAGUAAGUGAAAUAAAAACCUUGGGGGUUGUGGUAGAUGACCAGCUUCUUUGGAAAAAUCAUGUCGACGCUACAAUUGCCAAGGUUUCAAAAGGAAUCG